AUGCUUGGUCUUCGACCUCGAUUGAAAGCUCGUAAUUCACUCUGGGACCUUGUCAACAAGCACCCUCUGGCCUUGCCUUCAUCAUCUCCUGUCUCUUGGAAGCAGCCGGUCGAGGAAGGAGCCGACGGCCUGCCAUCUUUACAUUCCUCCCCAUCAUUGUCCACUCCACCAAGUCCAGAGCAGAAGCCCCAGCACAACCGUUCGUCUGAAAGCUCUGCCUCCUUCACAAUGGCGCCUUCAAAGAAAGACUCGAAGAGAUCAAGGCAGGAGGCUGGUGAAGAGCAAUAUGGCUCUAUCUUCUCCGUCUCUGGGCCUGUCAUUGUCGCGGAAAACAUGAUUGGAUGUGCUAUGUACGAGCUGGUCCGCGUCGGUCACGACAGCCUAGUCGGGGAGGUCAUUCGAAUCGAAGCCGACAAAGCAACCGUCCAGGUGUAUGAGGAAACUGCUGGAGUGACGGUGGGAGACCCAGUCGUACGGACGGGCAAGCCUCUAUCUGUCGAGCUCGGCCCAGGAUUGAUGGAGACUAUAUACGACGGAAUUCAACGCCCUCUUAAACAGAUCUCCGAAGUCUCCGAUUCCAUUUACAUACCUCGCGGCAUUGCCGUGCCUUCCCUGAGCAGAGACCGCAAGUGGGACUUUACACCAGGAGACAAGAAAGUGGGCGACCACAUCACUGGGGGUGAUAUCUUUGGUAGCGUCUACGAAAACAGUCUUCUCGAUGACCACAAAAUCCUACUGCCUCCGCGGGCGAGGGGUACAAUCACUCACAUUGCCGAAGAGGGAAGCUAUACCGUGGAUGAGAAGGUGCUUGAGUUGGAAUUUGAUGGGAAGAAGUCUGAUUACACCAUGAUGCACACGUGGCCUGUUCGAGUACCCAGACCUGUCAGCGAGAAGCUCCCAUCCGAUUCGCCUUUCAUCGUCGGACAGCGCGUGCUGGACGCACUGUUCCCCAGUGUUCAAGGGGGCACAGUCUGCAUUCCUGGGGCCUUUGGCUGCGGGAAGACUGUCAUCAGCCAGUCUGUGUCGAAGUUCUCUAACAGCGAUAUCAUCAUCUACGUCGGGUGCGGAGAACGAGGAAAUGAGAUGGCGGAAGUGCUGAUGGAUUUCCCUGAACUCUCGAUAGAUAUCAACGGACGCAAGGAACCUAUCAUGAAACGCACGUCGCUCAUUGCUAACACGUCUAACAUGCCCGUCGCUGCCCGAGAAGCCUCCAUCUACACCGGUAUCACUGUCGCAGAGUAUUUCCGUGACCAAGGCAAAAACGUCGCGAUGAUGGCAGACUCAACUUCCCGGUGGGCAGAGGCGCUCCGCGAAAUCUCAGGACGUCUCGGAGAGAUGCCGGCAGAUCAGGGUUUCCCUGCCUACCUCGGUGCCAAGCUGGCCUCUUUCUACGAACGGGCUGGUCAAGUCUACGCCCUUGGUAGCCCAGAACGAAAGGGUAGCGUAAGUAUUGUCGGCGCCGUCAGUCCUCCUGGCGGUGAUUUCUCGGAUCCUGUCACAAGCAGUACGCUUGGUAUUGUGCAGGUCUUUUGGGGUCUCGACAAGAAGCUAGCCCAACGAAAGCAUUUCCCGUCCAUCAACACCUCUCAGUCUUACAGCAAGUACACCACCAUCCUCGACAAAUAUUACGAGAAAGACCAUCCCGAGUUUCCCAAACUGAGAGAUCGCAUCCGAGAACUCCUCUCCAGCUCAGAAGAUCUGGACCAAGUCGUGCAAUUGGUGGGUAAAUCUGCAUUGGGUGAUCCAGACAAGAUUACCCUUGAUGUUGCUGGUCUUCUCAAGGACGACUUCCUGCAACAAAACGGGUACAGUGACUACGAUCAGUUUUGCCCGAUGUGGAAGACAGAGUACAUGAUGAAGGCCUUCAUGGGCUUCCAUGAUGAGAGUCAGAAGGCAGUUGCGCAGGGUCACAGUUGGGCCAAAGUGAGAGAAUCUACGAGCAGCAUUCAAAACGAACUGAGGAGUAUGAAAUUUGAGGUGCCGUCAGAAGGCGAGGAGAAGAUCUCGAAGAAGUAUGAUGAGCUGCUUCAGAACAUGACUGAGAAGUUUGCUUCAGUCACAGAUGAGUAA